AUGGCGGCGUCGAGCGGAAACUCGUCCUCCGGUUCGCCGCCGGUUCGGAACUCCGGUUCGUAUGGGGAUACGCAGAACCUGCGGAAAAGGAAGCGAAUGGAGUCGAACCGGGAGUCCGCCAGGCGGUCCAGGCAGAGGAAGCAGAGGCAGCUCGACGAUCUAACGGAUCAGGUUGCUCGGCUGAGGAAGGACAACGGUCAGAUCUCGGGCAGCAUAGAUCUGACCACGCAGCACUGCGUGCGCGUGGAGGCAGAGAAUUCGGUCCUGAGGGCGCGGGUGGCGGAGCUCACACAGAGGCUCCGGUCCCUUAACGAGAUCCUAAAUCUGAUGUGCUCCGCCGGGGCCGGCGACGCCGCCGCCGGAGGGUGCGUUUUCGAGGCGGAGGGUUUUACGGGUCAGGGGUUUGGGGACGGGCUGUGGAAUACGGUGGGGUUUAAUCAGGUGCAGCCGAUCAUGGCCUCGGCUGAGAUGUUUGAUUAUUAUUGA